GGGCGCUUGAUUGACAGGACGGCCUCUGGUGCCCGGAGCCCAGGCGUGCGCCAUUGGCCGCCGGUCGUUGUGCCAGGCAGCCAAUGGGUGGGCGCCGUCCACGAGCGGGGCCGCGUGCCUCCCUCUCCCAUUGGCUGAAAGUCACUGUGGGAAAGAAAGUUUGGGAAGUUUCACACGAGCCGUUCGCGUGCAGCGCAGGCUAUAAAUAGCGGCCGCCAGGCAGGGAGCCGGCCGGGAUUUCGCCGGCCGCGCAGGGCGAGCGCUCCGACAGGCGCUGCAGGCAGGCAGGCAGGCGAGCGAGCGAGCGCCACCGCCGAGUCUAGACCGCGUGUCUGCUCAGUCCGCGCGCAAGCGGUCUCGAGAACCGGUAGCGGCAGUGCCGCCUUCCUCCUCCUCCUCGUUCUUCUCCCUUUCCCCCGCCGCGACGGCGGUUCAGGAUUGCAGCUCAGCUGACGCCGGCCCGACGCGCGUCUGUGCACCCAGCAGGCUGCCAGUGUCGCCGGUGCCUCUGCCCUGCAUCGGAUCGCUCGGCGGCGGGCGAGGCUCACCAUUGGGGUCCGCUACCAGCAGGCGAGCCUGGGGCGCGCCGCCGCCGCCUCCUCCUCGGGGGCCAGGAUGCCGGCGGACCUGAUGGAGAAGACCUCCUCGUCGCCAGUGGCGGCCACCCCGGCCAGCGUGCACGCCACGCCGGACAAGCCCCGCACGGCUUCGGACCACCGGAAGUCGUCCAAGCCCAUCAUGGAGAAGAGGCGGCGGGCGCGGAUCAACGAGAGCCUGGGGCAGCUGAAGACCCUCAUCCUGGACGCCCUCAAGAAGGAUAGUUCCCGGCACUCGAAACUGGAGAAGGCGGACAUAUUAGAAAUGACAGUCAAGCAUCUGCGGAGCCUGCAGCGGGUCCAGAUGACUGCUGCUCUGAGCACAGACCCCACCGUGCUGGGCAAGUACCGGGCCGGCUUCAACGAGUGUGUGAACGAGGUGACCCGCUUCCUCUCCACCUGCGAGGGGGUCAACACGGAGGUCCGGACGCGCCUGCUUGGACACCUGGCCAGCUGCAUGAGUCAGAUCAACGCCAUGAACUACCCUCCCCCGCAGCCGCCGCAGCCGCCACCCCCUCCCCCCGGGGCCCCGCAUGGCCCCUCCUUUGGGCAGCCCCUGGUGCAAAUCCCCACUGGCGCCGCCGCACCCCCUGCUGGCAACGCGGUGCCCUGCAAGCUGGGCAGCCCCGCUGGGGAAAGCGCCGCCCAGGUCUACGGAGGCUUCCAGCUGGUGCCUGCCUCCGACGGGCAGUUUGCCUUCCUCAUCCCCAACACGGCCUUUGCGCCCCAUGGCAACGCUGUCAUCCCCCUCUACGCCAGCGGGGGAGUGGGCUCGGGGAUGCCCCCUGCUGCCGCCACCGCUGCUGCUGCCGCCGCCGCCGCCACCUCCGCAGCCCUGUCUCCUGGCUCUGGCGCCCCUUCACUCCCUGCAGACUCGGUCUGGAGACCUUGGUGAGAGGCCUGGAGCUGCGGCUUCCUGCCUGUGGACUUGCGUGGAGCAGGAGCCUCUGGGGUCUUGGAUUGCUGGCCUGUGUGUGUGGCUGGGUCUCCCUGGGAGUAGGAGCUGAGCGCCACCUUAGCGCUCUGGCUGUAAAUAGUAUCUGCUGUUCAUACUGGAUUGUGCCUUCGUUUGUACCAUGGCAACCCUUGUACUCUCUCCUCCUUCCUCUUUCCUUGGUUGCCUGCAUGGAUGCCCUGUGUGUGUGUGUGUGUGUGUGUGUGUGUGGCAUUGCACCAAGUUCUUCUCCCCUUUGUCUGUCUUCACUCUCCUUUUUUUUUUUUUAAAGUGACACCAAAGAUCUAUCUGUCUGUUCUUAAACAAAAGAAACCUUUUCUUCCUUUUUGGAAGUUGUUUGACAAAAAUAAAAGACCUUUAGCUUCU